UUCUCCGCCCCGCCGCAGCCAAACUCGCGCUUCUGCGCAGUCGGUGUUAUUGUGACUCCCGGGCCGUGGCCCCGGAUGUUGUGGCUGCUGAAGGGGAGAUGGAGGAGGCUGAAGGGGUGGCCGCGGCCCCGGGUCCAGCUUCGGGGUUGGCUUUCAGGGGCCGCCGAGCUAUGUCCGGCUCCUGGGAGCGCGACCAGCAGGUUGAGGCGGCGCAGCGGGCCCUGGUGGAGGUGCUGGGCCCCUACGAGCCUCUGCUGAGCCGGGUGCAGGCAGCCCUGGUGUGGGAGCGGCCGGCCAGGAGCGCCCUGUGGUGCCUGGGGCUGAACGCGGCGUUCUGGUUUUUUGCACUGACAUCGCUUCGUUUUGUGUUUUUGCUUGCAUUCAGCUUAAUGAUCAUUGUCUGUGUUGACCAAUGGAAGAACAAAAUUUGGCCUGAGAUAAACGUGCCGAGAUCUGACGCCUUGGACAACGAGAGCUGGGGCUUUGUGCACCCUCGGUUGCUCAGCGUGCCCGAGCUCUGCCACCAUGUAGCUGAAGUCUGGGUUAGUGGGACCAUUUUCAUAAGGAAUCUUUUGCUUUUCAAAAAGCAAAACCCAGGCAAGUUCUGCCUGCUGAGCUGCGGGAUACUGACCUUUUUGGCCAUGUUGGGUCGAUACAUCCCUGGGCUCCUGCUGUCCUACUUGAUGCUCGUCAUCAUUAUGAUGUGGCCUCUUGCUGUCUAUCACCGUCUGUGGGAUCGAGCCUAUGUGCGACUGAAGCCAGUUCUGCAGCGGCUGGACUUCAGUGUCCGUGGCUACAUGAUGUCCAAGCAGAGAGAAAGACAAUUGCGCCGCAGAGCUCUGCACUCAGAACGUGCCAUGGACAGCCACAGUGACAGUGAAGAGGAACUUGCUGCCUUCUGUCCUCAGCUGGAUGAUUCUACUGUUGCCAGGGAAUUGGCUAUCACAGAUUCGGAGCACUCUGAUGCUGAAGUCUCCUGUACAGAAAAUGGCACAUUUAACCUGUCAAGAGGCCAAACACCUCUAACAGAAGGCUCUGAAGACCUAGAUGGCCACAGUGAUCCAGAGGAGUCAUUCGCCAGAGACCUGCCCGACUUCCCUUCCAUUAACGUGGAUCCUGCUGGCCUGGACGAUGAGGACGACACCAGCAUUGGGAUGCCCAGCUUGAUGUACCGCUCCCCACCAGGGGCUGGGGAUACCCAGGUCCUGCCUGCUAGUCGGAAUGAGGCUGCACUGCCAGAGCUCCUGCUUAGUUCCCUUCCUGGAGGAUCUAACCUUACCAGCAACCUUGCCAGCCUGGUCUCCCAGGGUAUGAUCCAACUAGCCUUGUCAGAGGCCUCCCAGACAGACCCUUCUGGCCCACCUCCCCGAAGAGCAACAAGAGGCUUCCUCCGGGCCCCUAGUUCAGACCUUGACACUGAUGCUGAAGGAGAUGAUUUUGAACUUCUGGACCAAUCAGAGCUGAAUCAGCUAGACCCUGCCAGUUCUAGGAGCCACUGAGAGACUCCUUUGAGGGGGGUCACUGUGCUGUAGGUUAUUUUCCUCCACCCCACUUUCUGUGAUGGGGCAAGGGAAGAACCCAGUCUUGUCCCCUGAAUUUUAUCUGUGUGCUGGGUGGCCUGGCUGAUGCAGAGGCCUGCUAAGAGGACAUACUCUUACCUGCUGCCAGUGAGACAUCGUAUCUGUGCUUAGUCACUGAAGUGAGAACAUGCUCCCCCAAGGGAGGCUUCUCUCCAUCAGGGUGGUACUACGGGCAACAAAGUAGGGAUUUGAUUCCCCUUUGAGGAGGUAGUGCUGUUUGCUUUUAGGUCUGGGUGCUCAGGGGCCCUCACUGAUACAAGAGCCCAUCUCUUCUCCUCACCUCACUGGAGCCACAGAAGCCAGGCAGCAGCUACAGGAGUUAUCAUCUGUGUCUUUUACCAUGAUUUGAUUUGUGUUCUCAAAGCAAGUGUGCCCUUUGGUUCUGCAGAGCAGGCCCACUUCCUGUUCCUGAGCCCAUCUUCAUUUCUAGAUGGCUGACCCUGAGCACGCCAGAGUGCUUGCAGAGUUUGAGAAAUGUGAACAUGCUGUGGGGCUGAGCCUCUGCUCUAUCACCGUGAGCUGUAGGAUCCGCUGGCUGGCUGAGUUGGCGAGUGCCUACCUUGAGGUCUCAUGAAAGCUCCUGCAGCUGUGUGGUUGUCUUUGGUGCUGUUAACCCUUGGCUCCAUUUGACCAUCAAUCUGAGCAAUGAGCAAAGCAAUAUCAUAUCCAUGUUUAUGUUCCUCCUUCUUCCCUUGCUCCUCCUCUGGAGAAGCAAUAAUUCUAUGGGGUAUAGCAAAGUAGCACUUUACAAAUGGCCAUGGCAUUCAUCCCAAGAGCCACCAGCUCUUCUUACCAUACCACUUCCUAACUCCUGUAAGGAUGAGCCCAGUUAGUAAGGAUGUUGGUAAUCAGCAGAGACCAUUCUCAAGGGUAGGUGUUCUGCAGCCCCGAAUCAAAUCAUGUGAAAACCCCUUAAAUGAUCAUUGGUUCUCAACCUGUGCCAGCAUACUGCCUCUCUGUCUCCCAAAUCAGAGCUCAAGCCAAAUUCUUCUUUCCUCUUUCCCUCUUGCAUUAACCCUUUGCUGAUCCUCAGGGACCACUCCCCCAGCACUCCUGUGUUUGGGUGAGGGAUGUUGGACAGAGCCCAUUUUUAUGUGCUGCAGGUUGAGGGUUGUGCUAACACUUUUGCUCUUGGUUGAUGGACAAGAUAGAGGCCAGGGAGUGAGAAUACUUAACAGUGAGAAGAGGAAUGGCAGGUGCCUGUUCCAUAGUGAGUGUGAAAGUUAGGCAUAAUAAUGGCAUCUCCCCACUUUAGGGUUCUCAGAUACUUUGGACAUCUCUUUCCUUAGAGCCAGGUAGAUGUCUUACAGGUGAACUCUGAUGUGGAAAAGAACAAAAAAGGGGAGGUGAGGGAAAGGCUUGGGAUUUUGCGUGUUUGCAUGAGUGUGUGUAGCUUCAUGCUUUGGGAGUUGGCAAGAGGAAGAGGGAGGGAAGGGGAGCAAGCAAAUCCAGGUCUUUUCUUGUACCAGUGGAACCUGCUCUGAAUCUCCCAAGUCCUCCACUGUGAAUUGGGCUGGGGUGGGGGGUGCAGGGGAAUAAAUCUUGUAUGAGAACAAUCUUUUAA